AUGCCACUACCCCCAUCUUCGCAAGCUGCACUGAUCGGAGCUUGUGCCAGCUUAGGCUGGGCGUUUAAUAAUCAAGCCUAUACACCAAGCCCUAUUGCCACCUUUAUGUCUUUCCAUUACCGUAGCUAUACUUUCAUUGCCAGUGCAGAUGUCAUAUACCCUCUCGUGUUUCCUCUGUGUAAGCAAAGCCGAAGAGUGUUUUUGAUUUAUGCUUUUGCUAUUGAAACUAUAUCUGGGACAGUGGUGUUGCGUUGGGUCAAUUCACAACUGGGAAGGAUAUUAGGUUGGGUUGAGCGUGCUAUUCAACAGGAGCGGUGGGAUCCAAUAUCACCUCAGCAGCGGCAUGGAAGUUCAAUUGUUGAAGUUUACAGGAUUGUUGAAGAGGUAUGCAUAUUGCCAUUUACUAUUGCUUGUGUGCUUGCUAUCACACUGCACCCUGGUUAA